UAGGCGCUGAGGAGGCGGAGACUCAGGGCUGUUUUCUCAGAGGUUAGGGACGGACCCGCCCCGUCAGCCUCUUCGACUCUUCCGGUUUCUGGUGGCUGCGCCGCCUCCCUCCGAAGCCUGAGGAUACGCCCUCUCGAGAGCCCGCCGUCGCUCUACUUUCAGCUUCUAACCCCUCUGAGCUGCUGCGGGGCAACUCCAGCCCUACAUUCUCUCGCUCUGGUUCUCGCCACUUGGAGGACCUCGGCCCCGACACUGCCCCCUUUCCUGGAUGUACUGGCCCCUCCCACUCCUCUAAAAUGUCCAAUAACCUACAGAGGGUCUUCCUGAAACCUACAGAGGAAAAGUCAGGCAACGCCUCGCACUGUGUUUCAGGCUGCAUGUACCAAGUAGUUCAGACGAUUGGCUCGGAUGGAAAAAAUCUUCUGCAAUUACUUCCAAUUCCUAAUUCCUCUGGAAAUCUUAUACCACUAGUUCAAUCUACAGUCAUGUCUGAUGCUUUGAAAGGGAAUACAGGAAAUCCAGUUCAAGUUACUUUUCAGACUCAGAUUUCCAGCUCUUCCACAAGUGCAUCAGUUCAAUUGCCCAUUUUUCAGCCAGCCAGUUCUUCAAACUAUUUUCUUACAAGAACAGUAGACACAGCAGAAAAAGUUAGAGUUACUUCUGUGGGAACUGAAAAUUUUACCUCAUCAGUUUCUAAAGUUCAGAGUCAUGGUGUGAAAAUUGAUGGACUCACCAUGCAAACGUUUGCUGUUUCUCCCUCCUCAACACAAAAUGAUUCAUCUUAUAUUUUAGUAAAUACCCAGAGUCUUCCAAUGACUGUGAAGUCUCCGGUUUUGCCUUCUGGGCAUCAUUUACAGAUUCCAGCCCAUGCUGAAGUGAAAUCUGUACCAGCGUCUUCAUUGCCUCCUUCAGUUCAGCAAAAGAUACUUGCAACUGCAACCACAAGUACCUCAGGAACAGUUGAGGCCUCCCAAAUACCAACUGUUAUUUAUGUAUCUCCUGUAAAUACAGUGAAAAAUGUAGUUACCAAGAACUUUCAAAACAUUUACCCAAAACCUGUUACAGAAAUAGCAAAGCCAAUGAUACUAAAUACCACACAGAUUCCAAUGAAUGUUGCUAAAGAGACACAAUUAAAAGGUGGUCAGCAUUCUCAAGCUGCUCCAGUGAAAUGGAUUUUUCAAGAAAAUCUACAGCCUUGCACUCCAUCUCUUGUUCCUGUUAAAUCUUCAAAUAAUGUGGCUUCAAAGAUUUUAAAAACUUUUGUAGAUAGGAAAAGUUUGGGAGAUAAUACUGUGAAUAUGCCACCAUUGAGUACCAUCAGUCCUGGUGGGACACAAUCCAAAAGUAUGCCUAUUAAAGAUAAUGCUUUGGUUAUGUUUAAUGGGAAAGUCUAUCUAUUGGCUAAAAAGGGGACAGAUGUUUUGCCAUCACAAAUUGACCAAGAGAAUUCUGUUUCUCCUGAUAUUCCACCAAGAAAAGAUACAUCACAGAUAGUAAGUUCAAGUCCAGUCACAGAAAUAUCUAGAGAGGUUGUAAAUAUUGUUUUGGCUAAAAGUAAAUCUUCCCAGAUGGAGACAAAAUCACUUUCAAAUACCCAGCUUGCUUCCAUGGCCAAUCUAAGUGCAGAGAAGAAUAAGAAAGUGGAGAAACCAUCUCUUUCUACCCCAAACCCACAUAGUAUGAACCAAUCCAUUAACUACUUAAAGCAGAGUAAGACUUUAUUCUCAAAGCCAGACUUUCCAGAUGGAUUUAGUACAGGACAAAAUUCCCCCAGAAAAGGAAAUAUCAUCCACAGCAUAGAGAAAAUAAGUUCCUCUGUUGAUGCAACAACUGUUACUUCACAACAGUGUGUUUUCAGAGACCAAGAACCAAAGAUCCAGAAUGAGAUGGCAUCAACAUUAGAAAAAGUUACUCAAGAAAGAAAUGACAAGAACAAUUCCCAAGGAAGAAGCAAUAAGGCCUCAUAUCUGAACAAUGAUGCUGAACUUAGAAAGAUAUUUGGUCUCACUAAAGAUUUGAGAGUGUGCCUUACUCGGAUUCCUCACCAUUUGGGCUCUGGAGGAGGUUUUGAUUCCUUUAGCUGUUUGGUGAAAAGUGAUACUUACAAAGAAACAGAGUUUAUAGUGAAGGAGGAAGGCAGAAAACAGGGUUUUGAUAAGAAAAGAAAAGCAAAAACCAAUAAGAAGAUGGAUCACACAAAGAAGAGAAGAACUGAGAGUGUUUAUAACACAACUGUAAAUGGAGGAACUAAUGUCACCAGUUCCCAACUCGUUAGCAGUAUUUUACCAACUUCAAAUGUAUCACACCAUAACAUUCUCAGAGGCCGCAACAAAACCAGGGAAGAAAAGAGAUCUGAGGUAGAACACUGUACCCAUGGGAACCAAGAGAAAGGCACAUUGAGUUCAAAUACAGCUUUUGAGCAAAGCCAUUCCUUCAAUAAAAAUUAUACUGAAGAUAUUUUCCCCAUGACACCACCAGAGUUAGAAGAAACCAUUAGAGAUGAAAAAAUAAGAAGACUUAAGCAGGUGCUGAGAGAAAAAGAAGCGGCUCUUGAAGAAAUGCGUAAGAAGAUGCACCAAAAAUAAUAAA